UCAAUAGGUAUCAGUCUUUAAACCAGGCUACAUCAAACAUGAAAUUCCUUGCAGUCGUUCUUUUCGCUUUGGUUCUCGCAGCCAGCGGCGAACAACCCAGGGACAAACGUGCCCUUCUUGCUUCCUACUACGCUUCGCCGUAUGCUGCGCCCUAUGUAAGCGCUCCGUAUGUUGCGUCAUCAUAUUAUACAGCACCGUACUUUGCUGCAGCUUCACCAUACUACGCUCCUAGCUAUGCUGCCUCCUACGUUUCUCCUUACACAGCUGCUUAUUUGUAAAUAACUGUUGUUAAGCAAAUUAAAUUUGAAUGAAUUAAA